AAUAAAAUUGAAGUUACACUGAAAUAUAAUUUCAAGAAUUUAGGAGCAACGUAAAGAUGUCUACUUCGAAUUUGAAGAAUUGGCCAAUUUUUAGUUUCUUAGAUUCAGACUUUAUUUCAAAUAUCCAUAUGGUAUUCGUAUAUGGUGAUUUAGGUAAUGAAGCUUUAAUUGUAACUAAGGAUAAAAUGGUAUAUGCUCUGGGAAGUAACACUUCCGGAUGUCUUGGAAUCGGUGACACUAAUAGUACUCUUUAUCCGAGGAAAGUUGAGGAAUUAUGUAAUCAAAAUGUAACAAUGUUUGCACAUGGCAAAGGUCCGUAUGUUUUGGCCCUUACCGAGGAAGGAAAGGUAUAUUCAUGGGGACACAAUGCUCACAAUCAAGUUGGAAACAGUUCUGCGUAUUCAUGUUUGACGCCAACACUUGUAACAAAAAAUAUCUCUACUGAAUGUAUCGUCGAUGUAGCCUGUGGAGCUUUUCAUUCUCUUGCAUUAACACUUAGAGGAAAUGUAUUUGCAUGGGGUGAAAAUACAUAUGGACAAGUAGGUAAUGGUGAUACUACUAAUGUAACUGUGUGUAUACCGAAAAUGGUGAAUUAUGCAUUAAGUGAUAAAAAAGUUGUUUGGAUUAGUUGUUGUCAGUCAUCAAGUGUAGCAGUUACAGACAAAGGAGAGGUUUAUAGUUGGGGUGAGAAUGGUGUUGGUCAACUAGGCAUUGGAAUUCUAGGUUCUCGAACAGUUCCACAGAAAGUAACACAACUUAAUUUUGUAGUAAUAUCGAAAGUAGUUUGUGGAUAUGUUCAUAUGUUAGCAUUGAGCAACGACGGUGAUCUUUUUGUUUGGGGAGGUAACAGUUAUGGGCAACUAGGUCUUAAUACAAACAAAAGUGUUUGGUCACCAGUAAUGCUAACAGUACCAGAAAUGGGAAAAGUAUUAGAUAUAGCAUCUUCACACUAUAAUCAUGUAAAUAUUGCUAUGGCUAAAGAUAAUCGAAUAUUUAUAUGGGGACAUUGUUGUGGUCAAAUAGUUAGAGCUCCAAUACUUACUGUAUUAAAAUGUUUACACGAUGGUCUUGCGUUCUACGCUUAUCCGAGGGUCAUGCAUCGCCCACUUAUUCUUCAAGAUCAUAAAGAAACAAAUUUAACAAAUAGCCUAAAGGAAGCUUUUGACAAUCCAACCACUAGCGAUCUUACUAUACAAGUGGAUGGAAAGAAUAUUUUUGUACAUAAGGCAAUUUUGAGGAUACGUAGUCAAUAUUUUAAAAUGAUGUUUCAAGAACCCUGGUCUGAAAAUAGUCAAAGUGUUGUAGAACAUAAACAAUUUUCCUACAAAGUAUUCAAAACUUUUUUGGAAUAUUUAUACACCAAUGAAAUUGAUCUACCACUAGAAAAUGUAUUAGAACUUUUAGAGUUAUCUACUGUUUAUUUUGAAAACCGGUUAAAAAAAUGUUGUAUACGAAUAAUAAUUAAAGGAAUUACAGUUGUAAAUGUGUCCAAGUGGUAUGGUAUAUCUAUCAAAUACAAUGAUAAGGAAUUAGAAGAAUAUUGUUUCAAAAUCAUGUUAAAAAGUAUGACUGCAAUAGUGCAGACAGCUGACUUUGCAUUAUUAGACGAAAAAACAAUAAAAACUUUCAUAAUUAAAGUUGCAGCGGCGGGUGCUUUUAAAACAUAGCUAAAAAUGUAUAUUACGUAAAGUAAAUACAGCAGGAUAUUGUGAUACAAAUAGUCUUUAUCACUGUAUUAGAGGAUCAUGCAGAUUUUAUUUCUAGAUACAGUAGGAUCUCAAUUAAACCGGUUAAACCGUGGAAGCAUGGAUAAAAUGAGGUCAAAUGAAUGAUCGAAAUCUAAGGAAUAAUAAUUAAAAACGUAUUAUUUAUAUCAAAUAAAAUUCUUUAUUCCUAAAAGAUCUAUUUUUUAUAUAACACAAUAACAAUCAUAGCUGUCAAUAGGUAUCCUUUUCCUUUUGCGGAAAAAUCUUGUAGAAGUAAAAGGAAAUUGUAAGGUACGACGCGUGUGUGCCUAACAUAUAUACAACUACCUGUAUGAAGCUUAUAUAAUUUUAUAAACACGGACUCCAUAUAAUCGAAACUUUCAAUAACCGAAUUAAUCGAGA